AAGUGACGAAGUGUUGAUGAAAUAAUUAGUUUAGCAAGCUUUAUGGAUAGGCAAUGGUUACUAUGCAAGAUUGGUCACAAGUGGUGCGCCAAUUACAGUACGAUCAUCAUAAGGAAUCAAUCCAUCCAUUGAAAGCAAUUUUGCCAGCCAGAGCCGUUUAAAGAAAGCGAAGGCUGCCUGCGCCAUAUGGUGGGAAAACGGGUUUCAUGUUUUAUCAUUUCAGCUAUAUAAACCAAUGGUCGGCAUGACGAUGCUACCUAUUAUCUCUUUCAAUACUGAAGAUUUAACUAUAUUUCAACAUGCCCAUGUCAAAAGAACUUGAACACGUCCAUAACCAACUUUGCGACGUUGAAAAGGAACUCCGACAUUUGCAAAACAAACUUCAUCAUAUCGAUGAGCGCUAUAAGGAAGGAUGUGUCACUGAAAGUCAUAUGAAGGGUGAUCCUUAUGAAGAGGAUGGUCAAGCUGCUGUCGCCGAAGAACUCGAGAAAUGCCAUCAAAAAAUCUAUUCAAUGCUCAAUACUCUUGAAAAAUAAGUGACCAUUGGCUCGACAAACCGUAAAAUGAAAGUUGUUCAUUUUCGAUUGUUGCAAUAAAAGAAUCCUUUAAUUUUUAUCUCAUUGUCAUUUCGACAUUCUCAUCCGUUGAGUUUGAUCAUACCCAAACGUUUUACAAAUCAAUUACAAGCCAUUCAAAGAAAAAAGUGCAUGAUUGCCACCAUACCCAUCGUUCGAAAAUUACCAUCUGUAUACAUUGUAGCGUUUUUAUAUGUUUUUAUGAAUGAAAUUUUAGUAAACAUUUUCUUCGGUUUUUGACCAAAAAGUGGUACAUAUUUAAGCCUGCGAAAUUUG